UACAAGAUGGUCAUUGAUUGGUGUAAGGACUUCCGAGAGCAUGGAAUGAUUUGUCUCUGGAUUGGAUGGAUUCCAUAUAUAAUUAUCUUCAAGGCCGAGUUGUUAGAGCCAAUUUUGAAGUCAAACAAACAUAUAACUAAAUCAGACGAGUACAGUUUUCUUCAUCCUUGGCUUGGAAGAGGACUUCUGACAAGUAAUGGAACGAAAUGGCAAACACGGCGCAAGAUGUUAACGUCAGCAUUCCACUUCCACAUUCUAAACGCUUUUAUGCAGGUGUUCAAUGAAAAGGCUGAAAUUUUAGUGGAAAACCUGGAAGAGAAAGCAAAGGGAAAUGCAUUCAACAUUAGUCCCAUCCUGGCAAAAUGUGCGCUGGAUAUUAUAUGUGAGACUGCAAUGGGUGAAUCCGUCAAUGCUCAGACAGAUAGCGGGACGAUUGUGAGAAUCACUUACUUGAUUAUGAAAAGGCAGAGAUCUCCAUGGAUGUGGCCUUACUUCUUGUUCAGGAUGUUUCCAUCUGGAAUAGAACAUGCAAAAUGUCUGAAAAUACUACACAAAAUGACAACGACGGUGAUUGAAAAUCAUGCUAAAGAAUUCAAGGAGCUAUUAAAGAAACAGAAGGCAGAGGGUGCUCUUGCAUCUUUGGAACCUCAAACUAUAGGAAAACGAAAGCGACUUGCAUUUCUAGAUCUGCUAUUGUGUAUGCAUUUUGAGGAUCCAUGUUUUACAUUCAGUGACAUACGUGAAGAAGUGGACACUUUCAUGUUUGAGGGACAUGACACCACUGCAGCUGCUGUCAAUUGGGCAAUGUAUUUGCUAGGCUCAAAUCUGGAUGUCCAAAAACGUCUUCAUGAGGAAUUGGACGGUGUAUUUGGGAAUGACGGUGUUAAAAUUCCUGAAAAUACUCAUGCCUUUGUGCUGACAGCUGCCCUACAUCGUGAUGAACGUUUUUUUCCAGAUUCAGAAAAGUUUCUCCCUGAAAGAUUUCUGCCAGAAAACUCUGUUACAAGACAUCCAUUCGCCUACAUACCAUUUUCUGCUGGCCCAAGAAAUUGUAUAGGUCAGCGAUUUGCAACAUUUGAAGAAAAAGUGAUUCUUAUCCAUGUAUUUCGAAAGUUCAAAGUUGAAUCUUUGCAAAGCUUUGAGGACCUGAAGCUUCAGGCACAGCUUAUUCUCCGACCGUCCACUGGAACCAUAGUUAAACUAAUAAAGAGGAAUUAAAAUGAGAUACAAUCGCCUUCUAUUUUAAAGAAAUUUUGGCUGUUAAAACACAAUCCAUUUCUAAAAAAUAGACUUAACUUCUAAAGAAUAGUCAUUGUGUUUGAGGCACACAGAUUGUUUAAAAUAUUGUUCAUAUAGCAUCUUUGAUCUUUACAUAAAACAUUUUAAUAUGAUUAAUUAAAAUCUCUGCAUUAUGAUAUGAUAUAUACAAUACAAGCAGAUAUGUGUGGGUCAUAGGGUAAAUAGGCUGGCCUCCCCAGCAGGGCCAGAACAACAUAGGGGCUUUUGGGGCGCCAGGACCAGUGACAUAUCUAGGAGGAGCAUGCCCCUCCAGAAAUUAUUCGAACCCCUUACAGCCUCUCCAAAAAAAAUGAUGACCAAGUAGUUAAAAAUCACCUAAAAUCACCUUAUUUUGCGAAUUAGCACCCCUCAGCCAAUUAUCGAACACCCCACUUCACCUUUGCGCCCCCCCCCCCCGAUCAGCACCCCUAUUUUAAGACUUCAAAAUACGCCACUGACCAGGCCCACAGGCCCCAAUAAGGACAGAUAGGCUAGGAAACCACUGGAGAAAUCACCGAAAAUUUGGUUAUGUUUUAGCCACCAAAUAUUUAGGCCCACUUGCAAUUAUAGCCCCAGGCGCCACAGCCAUUUAAUACAUACAUGUCCCCUAGACCUCUCCCCAUUUUUACUCUACCUAGACACGCAUCCAGAUCCGCCAUUAAAUAUGAUGAGUGGUUCUCAACAUAGUUGGUGUCAUGCUGCUGUAAAUUAGUCCAGCACAAUAACCACCCUGACAAAAACCACCCAAAGAGGAAUAUACCAAGGGUGGACAAUAUUCAUUAAUGUAUUAAAACUUUACUACAAAUUAUACAUUUGAAGUUACCAUAAAGUUUGGAAGUUAAGUGUUGUGUUUAAAUUAUUAAAAUAAUGGCAAACUUUUAGCACAGUAAUUGCUGAAAUCUAAAAUGCUUAUUAACUUAAAUGCAUGUUGUCAAAAGAAUUAAUGAAUUAAAGGCGUAUAAUAGGAAGUCACUAUCCUAUUGUAAUGCUAGAUAAAAACAAGCCCACCCAACAUUGUCCACCCCACAAACCACCCACUUUAACAAUAGUAUAAUUCAUUUUGGGUGGUUUAUGUCCGGGUGGUUAUUGUCCUGGGUGGUUUUUGUCUGAUUACCGCUUAUGUAUGCAUGUUAGAAUCAUACAUCAUUUUUAACCUGCAGACAAUUAAUAUAGUUUUAAUUAAAACAAAUUCAUGAUUCACUCUAUGUAAUGUUAUUUUUGAAUGAACAUUAAUUACAAUUCAGUUGAUUUUUUUAUUGAUAAUUACCAUCAUACCAUUUUUUUGUAUUGUUACAAAAGUGCUUCUCUGUGAUUAUAUUGAUUAAACAGAGCAUAACAUUUCUAA